CGUUCUGGAUCUCCAGCCAGAUUUGUAGUUCCCCGGACUGCUCUGCACAGUGAGGUGAAGUAAAUAAGGUCAAAGGCUUGAAGCAGCUGCACUUAACUGGUAGAAGACAUCUUUCCUUUAAACCAUCAUCUCAGGGACAACAGCUACAGAGACAAGGAUUGGGUGACAUCAGCCUCCCCCUUUUUCCUGAUUAGACUUCUGCUGCCUCUUGGGUGAACUAACUGGCAGACAGGAUCAUAAUGUCAGCAGAGAAGAUGGAGACAACAGCGAGUGUGUCCAAUGGAGAAGCGCCUGCUUAUGAGGCAAAAGAUGGCACCCUCAGUCCUGAGGAUCUGUCUGAGGUGCUGGCAGCAGGGACCAAGGAGGUCCACGAAAAGGCUGAGAACACCCAGUUUGUGAAAGAUUUCCUCAGGGGACGCAUCCGCAAAGAGCUCUUCAAACUUGGUGCCGUGGCGCUCUACUACACUUAUACAGCCAUGGAAGAAGAAAUAGAAAGGAACAAAGAUCACCCCCACUUUGCCCCUCUGUAUUUUCCUACAGAGCUGCACCGCCACGAGGCCUUGGCCCGUGACCUCGAGUACUUUUACGGCCCUGAGUGGCAGAGCCAGAUCCGCUGCACCGAGGCCACUCAACACUAUGUGGACCGUAUUCACCAAGUAGGGCAGGAAGACCCAGUGCUGCUGGUGGCCCACGCCUACACCCGCUACAUGGGGGACCUUUCCGGGGGCCAGGUGCUGAAGAAGGUGGCACAGAGAGCCAUGAAGCUGCCGCCCACUGGGGAGGGCCUGGAGUUCUAUCAAUUCGACGGCAUCCACAGUGCCAAAGCAUUCAAGCAGCUGUACCGUAGUCGGAUGAACGAGCUGGAACUGGACAUGAAAACAAAGAAGAGGCUGGUGGACGAGGCUGUCAAGGCGUUUCAGUUCAACAUGGAGGUGUUCGAGGAGUUGGAGGAAAUCGGCAAAACCAUCCAGGAGGAGGUUUUAGAUGCUGGCAUGCCUGUCCAUGGAGAGAUGGGUGGAGACAUUAGCAAGUGUCCCUACUACAAUGCCAAAAUGGCCGCGUCAGGUGGAACAGCGUAUGCCUGUCAGAUCGCCAUGGCCGUCCUCCGACACCCGACAGGACAGGUGCUGUUUGCAACCUGGUUUGCUGCUCUGGCUGGAUUGGCUGCGUGGUAUCUGAUGUGAUCCAGCCGUCACCCUGUAACUCUGCUGCUGUAAGGGAGACGGAGGAGAAACAAUGAAGAACGGACAGUAAGGAGACGAGAAAACUCCCUCAGGCUGUAGUCUCAUACAAACAUUCUGAACGGGUCCAAGUUUAUUUAAUGUUUGUAAUAACAACUGACAGGAAAUAAACUUGGAUCUGUUUAUUAUCGAUGGAAUUCCAAUAAAAUGAUCACUAGGACCAGUAGGACGUCAUCUUCAUCCAUCCAUCCAUCCAUCCAUUCCUCCAUCCAUUCAUCCAUCCAUCCAUCCAUCCAUCCAACCAACAAGCUACACCUCGUUACAAUUUACUCACCUGUCUUUAUUUCUCUACCUCCUCUGCACUAUCCCUCCAUCCUGUCCUGACUCUGAAGUUGUCGGAUGGAAGCACAAGUUGUGCUUAAGUGUUUAAAAAAAAAUGAAUCUCAAUUUUAAACGAAGCUGCCAAAUUGACAAAGCGUGGUGACUUUUAGAUGCUGCCCACACACUAAUAAUAAUGAUUAAUGCAUUAUCAGAAAUUAAUUCAUAGUGAGCUGAUGAAAAACCUAUUAAAACAGGCUAUGCAUAUAUUAUGGAUAUAUAGCACAGUGUGUUAUUGCUGGUCAGAAUGCUGUGUUGAUUGUGAAUGAGGCCUUUGUGUUUUUGCGUUAAAAGAUCUUAAAGGAGCAGUGUGAAGGAUUUAGUGGUAUCUUUUGGCAGGAAUUGGAUAUAAUAUUCAUAAUUCUGAAUUCAUUUGUCCAUAAAUGUUUUUGUUUGCUUAGAAUGAGCCAUUCAUAUCCUACACACUGUUCCUUUAUCUACCACAGAGAAGAGGUAAUGUACGAGUUAAUAAUGCAACUGUAUUUUUUUCUUUUUUUUAACUUCUACACUAUAAUUGACGUUCCAAAGAUACAAUACAAUACACUGAAACUUUGUCUUUUUUCAAAUCCAUUUUCACAUUUCAUGAGUCAGACAUGGCCUCAAAUGUUUCCAAAAAGUUUGUACAGGUAUACUGUGAGACAGGUGAUAGGAAUCUUUAAAUAAUUAAAAAAAUAUAUAGCACACCUACACUUUGUCAAGUGUAUGAUUAAUAAACAGACGGUUAAUUUGCAAAACCAGAUACCACCAUUUUUAUUUAUUUCAGUCGAACAUGUUUAUUGUUUGCCUUCCAUAAACCUUUUUGGUGGUGUUGGGUUAAUUAUUUUAAGAAUGGCUUGUAUCUUUAUUUGCAAAUAAACUCUUCAUAGAUACUAGUGAAUAUACAGGAUAUUUAAUCUCGACUGAUGCAUGUUCAAAUAUACUGCUAUUUCUCUCUUACAGAGUUCUAUGAUAUGGCAUCUUAUUAGUAGUAUUUCUAAAUAAAACUGCCUGUUGUUGCAUAUGCAUCGAUUAACUAUCCAAGAUAAAUGAUUCAAUUUUUACCUGCCACAGGAGCCUAUAUUAGGACGAAGGUGUUAACAGAGGUCUUUGCAGCAGUUUUAAAAGGAAACUGUCGUUAUAAUGUUAAUUAUUCAUCAUGCAUAAAGACUAAAUGUGUGUUAUUAUGAGCUACUUCAGGUGAGGUACUUAUAAAAAGGUCCUUUAGCAGCUCAGUGGUUGUUUUUUAUACCAGAAGGUGUCAUCACUAAAACUGUGUGAUCAUUCUUAAAUAUUUUUCCUCAUGCUGUAUGUUGGGAAAAACUCUCCCAGAACUGUUUUUAUCAGCAUUGAUAAGGAGGAAUCUAUUGUGCUGUUUGUACUUUAUGCAGUGUAAUUGCACUGUUUUCGGAUUGAAGUUGAAUAUUUAUCCAGACAGUAAUGACAUUUCUAUUAACUUUGCUUUGUCUCUCCAAGCAGUUGUGUUUUUUUUUCUCCUUUGCUUGGAAAUAAACCUGCUAAAAAAUAUUUCUAUCAGGUUUUCCAUGCUGGGUGCACUUGCACAACACGUUCACACAUAAACGGAUGUACUGUAUUCUUUUAUUAGCAAAACUUGUUUGGAUUUCAUCAUGAUGUGUUUUGUAUUUGAGAGUCUCAGGGUCAUGUUGCAGUCAGAUGGCAAUACAAUGCAUUCUGUAUGGAGGACUAACACACGGACUAGCCUAAUAUACUCCUGUAGUUCAACGUCCAUGUUUAAUUUAACAUUUUUAAUGUGAUGUGUUACAAUGCUGCAGUAUUUUUUGGCCAUACAGAGGGGACUCAGGAGUACAGGAAGCUUUGGUCAUCAGUUAAACCUUAGAGUGAAGUGAGUGAGAUGCUUGACUAAUUCAUGCUGAUGUUGAAUUCUCUUGCCUUUUCAUUAACCCGGCUGUUAAUCCCUUGUGUGUCUCACUGAACUAAGCUUUAUAGUGUUUGGCUAUAAUACUCUCAUUGUAUGAGAGUGAAACCCCAGGGGUAUGUUGUGCUGUCUGUAAUGAAAUAAAUUCUGUUUUCCUGCUCAUGCCGAAAUAAAGGUAAUUAGUUUA